AUGGGGUUCAAAGUCAUCAUCGUAGGCGGCAGCGUCGCCGGCCUGUCCACGGCCAACAUGCUCGAACAAUUUGACAUAGACUACGUCCUGCUAGAAGCCUACCCGCAAAUUGCGCCUCAAGUUGGUGCUAGCAUCGGUAUCCUGCCCAAUGGCUUCCGUAUUCUGGACCAACUAGGAUGUUUUCAGCCUAUUCUCGACAUAGCUGGGGAAUGCCGCUAUACUCUCGGCAGCAUGCGAGGACCAGACGGUAUUCCACUGGUUCCUGCCUCAAACACCAGUCUUUCUGUUCAUUUCGAGAAAAGAGUUGGCUAUCCCUCCAUCUUUAUUGAUCGGCAGAUGCUACUGCAGAUUCUGUACAACAAUCUUAAACACAAAGAUCGAGUCUUAACCAGAAAAAGGGUCACUCGCCUAGAAAUUAAAAUGGAUGCGAUGCAGGCUUAUACCGAAGACGGUUCAGUAUAUGAAGGAGAACUCGUUGUGGGCGCCGAUGGAAUCCAUAGCGCAGUAAGAGACGAAAUGUGGCGUCUUGGCAAAGAGCAAAGUCCUGGGUACUUUCCGGAAGAUGAAGCCUCACGUGUCCCAGCCUCCACUAGGUGCAUCUUUGGAAUCUCGGAUCGACCCUCUGGUUAUGGUAGCCGAAGUCAACAGAUGGUGCUUGGAAGUGGCCACUCAUACCUUGUCAUUGCAGCACCAAAAAACCGAACCUACUGGUUUCUCUUCGACGGCCUCCCCGAAACAAAGUACGGGAAGGAAAUUUCGAAAUACUCAAAGGUCGACGAAGAAAAAUUAGUAAAGGCUCGUCGCAACGAUCCUAUGACUGAGGAUUUGACCUUCGGCGACUUAUACGACAGGAAAAUCAUCUCGACACUUGUUCCUCUUGAGGAAUACGUAUUUGAGAGAUGGCAUUACAAACAAGUCAUUACGAUAGGAGAUUCAGCACACAAGAUUGAUCCAGCAUCCGGCCAAGGUGGCAACGGUGCCAUGGAGUCCGCAGCGCUAUUAGUUAAUGCUCUUGUACGCCAACUCAAGUUAAGUCCUCAAGGCUUAUCCGGCGCUCAAAUAGAAACUGCAUUAGCAGAAGUCCACGACCUCCGCUACGAACGCUCCAAGCAAUUGGUAGCGCAGGCGCAUACUCUGCAGAUGGUGGUAAGCCAAAGAGUCCCGUUCGCUGGUCUCAUCAAGCGCCUACUCCCGUGCCUUGGUCCAACCGCUUUUUGCGACGUUGUGGUUCCAAUCUGCACCGCGGCUCCUAAAAUUGAAGGCAUUCCUGUACCGCGACGACCACAUUCUGUCCCAUUUGAAGAUGAGCUACCCGCCAAGCCAAUCAAAGGUGAUCUUGUUAGACGAGUUCCAUGGGUGCUUGCAUCAGCCAGCCUUGGAGCGUUGUUGUACGCUUCCAUCGGAAAGUAUGACAUUAGAGCUGGAACAGCCAUCUUUGAUAUCUUUCACCGAUUGGGUAAUGGAGGGCUUUUGGCCACUCAAACUGGCCGGAAUUCCAUCGGAAGCAUUGUCGCCAGUAUGAUUCCAACUCUCUCUACGUGGCUAGUUGAAGGCUUUCGGAAUAGAUCCGUCCUUGAUCCUCUGUCUUGGACAAGCGCCUCCUCAGUUUUGUACACCCUCGUAGGGCCAAGCUCCGCGCUCCCCCUCCUGUCCCUCUCUUCUGUCCUUUGUUCUAGCCCGUCCACCACACAGAGACCUGUCGGCCCUAGAAUCUCUCGAUCAAUCUUCCCAGCCGUCGUUCUAGGUUACAUCACGCCAACAGCAGUAGCGCUGCUGCCUAUUGGAGAUCCAGAGCUCAAGCGUCGCAUUGGCUACAUCUGGCAGGCAUAUCCGUUGCUUUGCCUCACCUUCACCCGAGGACUUGCCGCAAUCCGCCCAAGGCAAAAGAAGAGAAGCACACACCAAGAAGGUGAAGAGAAGGCUGGGCCGAUCAAUUUUGCAUCCGAGUCUGAACUUGAGACAUACGAGAACAAGGAUGUCGCACCCCUCAAGCUAACUCAUGGUGCUGCCUUCGCCGCCUGCAUCGUUGUCCUAGCCGCUACGAAACUCGCACCAGCUGCUGGUUUGCACACUUUUGAAAACUGGGCACGUUCAAGUUUGUCCCAAGUAGUAUCGUUUACUCAGAGUACUUGUGUCAUAAACGCAGCAUCAGGUCUUAUCUACUCCCUCUACAAUGCCUGGGAGUUACGCUCGCUUGGGUUUCUGGGGACACAGCAAGCUGUUUUUGGAGGCUUGGUAUCACUGGCUACUUUAAGUCUUGUGGGACCUGGUGCUACGGUAGCAGGGAUUUCAUACUGGCGUGAGCAUGUUAUCUCGAGUUUGACGUCUAGAUGUGGUUAG